CUACACAUUUCCGAGUUGCACUCUUCCCACAACGGGGUUGUCGAAUCUGGGAUCACGGGAGGUUGGAGGCGCCUAACUAGGUCCAAGCAGUAAGCCUUCCCCUCUCUAGCCGGGGCAGAGGGUCUCCACACAUCUGGAUCCCCUUGGAUGGAUGACCCUUUUGAAGAUAUGCUCCAGUUGAUCACGGCCGAAGACAAUGACUUCCCCGGUCUGUUUGAUUCGUCCUUUGGCACAAACGCUCGUGCAGAACCCAACCCGCACGGACCUAGCUUGUUCAGUGGCUACCUGGGGGCUAGCCAACCCCCUGCCUCCGGCUUCUUCCAGCUUCCAGCGCCGCCGCCAAGCUUCCACCCCCCUCUGGCGGCAAGCCCAACCCCAAUGGAUGUCAAGGAAGAGCCGGUGGCCGCAACAGGCGCCAGCCACCCGACCCAGCUCCCUGCGGCCAGAAUGGCGUCCCCGACUUUCGUUCCGGCCACCAAGGCCCAGUUCGCACCACAGCCUCCAGUGGGCUUCUCCAGCCCGAAAGCUUCCCAACCGGGAGGGCACCAGCCUGCAUCGCCUCCGACGUCCCUCCCUGCUCCGACUCAGCAGACCCAGCCUGCCACCCCUAUGCAGACACCGCUCCAGAGCAUCGCCCCUCAACCGGUGCUGACCACCACUGCCGCUCAGGUCGUCCAUCCGCAGAUACAGCAAGUGCCGGUCCUUCUGCAGCCUCACUUCAUCAAAGCUGACUCGCUGCUUCUAACGGUUUCGGCAGCCAAAACCUCUGGCAUCACCUCUCUGGCCACCACCACGGCGGUCCCGUCAGCCCCUCUCCAGAUGCCCGCUCUGGUGAGCGGGGGUACCAUCCUGGCAACGGUACCACUGGUGGUGGAUACGGACAAGCUGCCCAUCAACCGUCUGACUGCCGGGAAGCCGUUGGUGGGCCAGAAUAAAGGCGAGAAACGCACCGCGCACAACGCCAUUGAGAAGCGGUACCGCUCUUCCAUCAACGACAAGAUUGCAGAGCUGAAGGAUCUGGUGGUGGGGACAGAAGCCAAGCUGAACAAGUCGGCCAUUCUGCGGAAGGUGAUUGACCACAUCCGCUUCCUGAAGCAGGCCAACCAGAAGCUGAAGGCGGAGAACAUGGCCCUCAAAAUGGCUUCUCAGAAGAACACGUCCCUGAAAGACCUGGUGGCCAACGGUGCCGGGAACACGGAGGACACGGCCGAAGGGAUCAAGCUGAUGGACGCCCUGACGCCACCUCCGUCGGAUGCAGGCUCCCCUUCACGCAACAGCCCGCUCUCCCUCAGCGGCACCAGUGGAAGCGACUCGGAGCCAGAAAGCCCCUUCUGUGAGGAGGCAAAGGUGAAGCUAGAGCGGCCGGCACUCUCCCCAAACAGCUUGGGGAUGCUCGACCGUUCCCGCUUGGCGCUGUGUGCGUUUGUCUUUCUCUGCCUCUCUUUCAACCCCCUCUCCUCUUUCCUGGGAGGCUCUGGCUCCGUGGCCCCUUCAGACUUAGCUGGCGCCAGCGGCCCUGGGCGCAGCAUUAAGUCCGAGAAUCAGGCUCAAGAUGCUCCUGUCACUUGGUCUCAGUGGCUUCUCCCGACCAUGGUCUUCUGGCUGAUCAACACGCUGGUCAUUUUCGGCGCCUUCGUCCGGCUCUUUAUUUACGGGGAGCCCAUCACGCGGCUCCACUCCGAGUCUUCCGUCCUCUUCUGGCGACAUCGCAAACAAGCUGACCUGGAUUUGGCACGGGGCGAUUUUGCUCAGGCGUCCCAAAACUUGUGGAUGGCGCUCAAAGCCCUUGGCCGGCCGCUCCCGACGUCCAACUUGGACUUGACCUGCAGUCUCAUAUGGAACCUCAUACGGCACGUGCUCCAGCGCCUCUGGGUGGGCCGGUGGCUAGCCGGGCGAGCUGGUGGGUUCUUCCGUGACCAGGAACUCAAAGCGGACGUGCGCAAGAGUGCCUGCGACGCUGCGCUGGUCUAUCACAAGUUGCACCAGCUGCACAUGACAGGCAAACACGUGGCGGGACACUUGUCUGCCAUCAACAUGGCCCUCAGUGCUGUCAAUCUGGCAGAGUGUGCGGGCGACACCAUCUCUGUGGCCACCCUGGCCGAGGUCUACGUGGCAGCGGCGCUGCGUGUGAAGACCAGCCUCCACCGGUGCUGUCAUUUCCUGGCACGUUUCUUCCUCAGCAGCGCCCGGCAAGUGCUCCUGUCCCACAGCGGGACGGUCCCUCCCGCUCUCCAGUGGCUGUGCCACCCGGUCGGGCACCGUUUCUUUGUGGACGGCGACUGGGCUGUGAAGAGUUGUCCUCGGGAGAGCAUCUACAGCUCCACCAGCAACCCAGCGGACCCUCUGGCUCAGGUGACUCAACUUUUCCGGGAACAUCUGCUGGAGAAGGCCCUGCUCUGCGUCUCUCGGCUGGAGAGUCAGACGCCCGUCAGCCACGACGAGGGGGAGUUCUCCGACGCGUUGGAAUACCUCCACUUCCUCAACAGCUGCGCGGACGCUGUUCCCAGCCCGAUGCCCUCCAUCAGUACCAACAUGGAUGGUGCCACAGGCACGGACCCGGUGGCUCACUGGUGGGCAUCCGUGGUUACCAUGGUGAUCCACGGCCUGCAAGGGGACGACGAGGCGGUGGAACGCCUGUACCCUCUGGUGGAGUCGAUGCCCAGAUCUCUUCAGGCGCUGGAGAACCCUCUUCCCUGGGCUGCGCUCCACACCUUCAAGGCCACACGGACGCUCUUGGGCAAGCUGGAUUCCUGCUUGGGCCAGUGCGACAAAGCCGGGGACUACCUGCGCGACAGUUUGGGAGGGAACGCCUCCGCCAGCGCCCUCGACCGAGCCAUCCAGUUCCUCUUGUGCGACCUUCUCCUCAUCACUCGCACCCGGCUCUGGCAGCAACAGAUGCAGGCCUCUCAGCCCCACGGCACCCCCUACCAAGCCUCCGCCCUGGAGCUGCGGGGCUUCCAGCAGGAGCUCAGCAGCCUCCGCCGCCUGGCUCAAGCGGACAAACCCGCCAUGCACAGGGUGUUCCUUCACGAGGCGACAGCCCGGCUGAUGGCCCGUGCCAGCCCCACGAGAACUCACCAGCUUCUGGACCGGAGUCUGCGCAGACGAGGCGGUCCCAGUCUUCUCAAAGGAGCCCGCGAACCAGAGAGCCGCCCGACGGCGCGGGAGCAGGCCGAGGCGCUGCUGCUCGCCUGCUCGUACCUGCCCCCCGCCUUCCUCCUGGGACCAGCCCAGAGGGUGGGCAUGCUAGCCGAGGCAGCCCACUCGCUGGAGAAGCUCGGCGACAAACGGACCCUCCACGAGUGCCAGCAGAUGAUCAUCCGGUUGAGCAGCGGCUCGACCGUCACCUCCAGCUAAGGGAGCAAGGACCGAGGACUGGCACGGGGUGGGGCGGGAGCUGGGGGCGAGCUUCGCGGAGCACUGUUUCGUGGGGAUGUUCACAG